GACUACGGACUGCUCUGUGAGGAGAGGUGAGGGGAGGGGAGCUGCAGUCUGGGUGACUAUUUCUCCGGCUCCAAUUCCAGCUAGUCCCCGCAGCGGUAGGCACUGAACGUUCCAGCCUGUUGCUCGCAUCCUCUGGGGCCGCCCCCGCGGCUCCGUCCUGGGUAGAAGGAAUGUGAGCCAGUUCUCCUCCCAUUUCUUUUCUCUUCACCCACCCGCAGAGCUGCUCUCCGCCUCAGUAUCCCGGCCAGCCUCCCCGCCCCCACCCCGACAGCCUUCAAGUCUCCCCGAGCUCCCAGCGGCGCAGCGGGUCCCUACAGAGCCCAGACCUGGGCCCCGUGGGGCGGCCGAUGGGAGAGGGGACAUCGAAAAGACAGUCUGCGGGAGGCAGGGACUGCGUGCAGCAGAGUCCCAGGUCGGUCGGUCGGUUGGCGGGGCGUGCUAGGGAGCCAGAUGAACUGGACCUUCUUGAAUCAGAGCGCCCUGGAACCGGGAGGCAGCGGAGGUGGAAGCGGCGCCUACGGCAACCAGAGCCAAGGGCUGGACACGUGGCUGGGCUGCUGUCCCGGAAGCCCCCCGCUGGUGGCGAGCGACGGGAUCCCGGCGGGUCUGGCCCCUGACGAGCGGAGCCUGUGGCUGUCGCGAGUGGCGCAGAUCGCAGUCCUCUGCGUGCUCUCCCUCACCGUGAUCUUCGGCAUCUUCUUUCUGGGCUGCAACCUGCUCAUCAAAUCAGAAAGCAUGAUCAACUUUCUAGUACAGGAGAGGCGACCCUCCAAAGACGUGGGCGUGGCCAUCAUGGGGCUUUACUGAGGGCGCCCCGGGGAUCCGGCGCGAGCCCUUCCCUCCCCGCCCGAGGGCCCCACUCAGGCUGUCUCCGGCACCUAUGAAGUCCGGGAAGAUUGCUUUUUGAGGGUGGAGGAGCAGCAGCAACCGGGCGGUGGGAGCGUCUUGGUUGAGAGGACCUGAGCCUUCUGCAGGGCUGAAAGGGCACACCCUCCAGGUGGCCGUUUGGGCAAACCCAGAGCCCGGGUGCGCUCCCUCCCCGCUGUGGGUGCUAAGUGACUUGUUCCGUGCCAAGCGGUCCGUUGGGAAUGUUGCCUUGUAAAGUCCUAUCUGCCUUAGUGGCUUGGGGGAUCGUUUGUAACAAUUGUUAUUUUAAAAGAAAAAGAAAAGGAGGGAAAAGAAGGUCGGAUGUGGGUGGGAGUAGAGAAGAGGGACCCAGCAACUGUCUUGCUUCCUUGGGGGUGGGGGUGUUCGUU